CAGGGCUCACGGCGACACGGGAGAACCGGGGAACUAGCGCAAGCGAAGGAGCGGGUGGGGCACAGGAUAGCCCCGCCCUCCGCCCCCCGCACCCCCCCGCCGGCUCCCGGAAGCGGCCUCCGGGCCGGGCCAGCCUGUUUCGUGGCGCGAAGCGGGGCAAACGGGGGUGUGCCCGGCGCCCGCCGGCGACCCCCCGAGCGCCCUCCCGGGUUCCCGGCGCGGUCAUGGCGCGCAGCCUGCGGAGCUUGCUGGGCAGUUGCCUCUUGAUGUCAGCGUUAGGAAUGGUGCCUCCUCCUGAAAACGUCAGAAUGAAUUCAGUUAAUUUCCGGAAUAUUCUACAAUGGGAGUCGCCUGCUUCUCCCAAAGGGAAUCUGACUUUCACAGCUCAGCACCUAAGUUAUAGGAACUUCCAGGAUACGUGCACAAGUACUGCCUUGCUGGAAUGUGACUUCUCAAACCUUUCCAAGUAUGGUGACCACACCUUGCGAGUCAGGGCUGAACUUGCAGAUGAAUAUUCAGACUGGGUAAACAUCACCUUCUGUCCUGUGGAUGACACCAUUAUUGGACCUCCUGGAAUGCAAGUAGAAGCACUUGCUAAUUCUUUACAUAUACGUUUCUUAGCCCCUAAAAUUGCGAAGGAACAUGAAACAUGGACCAUGAGGAAUAUUUAUAACUCAUGGGUUUAUAAUGUGCAAUAUUGGAAGAAUGGCUCUGAUGAAAAGCAUUCAGUCAGUACUCAGUAUGACUUUGAGGUCCUCAGAAAUCUUGAGCCAUGGACAACUUACUGUGUUCAAGUUCAAGGGUUUCUUACUGAUCGAAACAAACCCGGGGAAUGGAGUGAGCCUGUCUGUGAGCAGACCAUCAAUGACGACUCAUCCCUGUCCUGGAUCGUCAUCACCGUGGUCCUCACAGCCUCGGUUUGCGCGGCCUGCCUGCUUCUCCUUGGCUGCUUCGCCCUGCUGUGGUACGUCUACAAGAAGACCAAGUACACCUUCUGCCCUAGGAACUCUCUUCCCCAGCACCUGAAAGAGUUUUUGGGCCACCCUCAUCACAGCAAGCUUCUGUUUUUCUCCUUCCCGCUCUCUGAUGAGAGUGAAGUUUUUGACAAACUGAGUGUCAUCACAGAAGUCUCUGAAAGCAGCCAGAAGCCUGUGGACGGCUGCAGCCUCCGGGCCCCUUCUGGGCAGGACUUGCCCUCGUGCUAGUCUCUGAGGAGGGAGCCCACUCUGCUGGACUCAGCGACCCCCUACUUCUCACAGCUGCUCUGAGGGUGAUUAGAGCAACAAGUGAGGACCGAGACCACCUGAGCAAGCCCCAGUAAGACUCGCAGAUGCUGGGACCACGUCUAAACAACCAGACAGCUAAAUUUUAAAGGCUCACUUGGCAAAAUACUCCAUCUUGGGAACUUGCUGCUUUAUAAAGACCUUAAUAAUUACAAAAUAGUUGACCACUGAAGGCAUAAUUUUCAGCCUCUUAUGCUCACUAAUAUAAGAAGCAGAUUUUAAUUGUGAGAAAUAAAAAUAUUUCAAAGGAGGAGUGAAAAUGGAUGCUGUAAAAUCCCACCAGACUGCCAAAAGACUGAUCCAAAAAAUAACCUCACUUCAACAGUGGUCAGAAAAACGCUGUACAGAGUGCAAGCUUUCUGGAUUCUCAGGGAUGUUUCGACUGGGUUUUGUUUCUCUACCUGUAUCUGUUUCAUAUCGUACUGGUGCUCUACUAAAAUUUUAUUCUCUAUUUAAUCUGUGUGUGUUCAUGAUACUCCAUUUGCAGAAUUGUCAGAUGCGGAAUGAGCCUGUUGGGUGCCAUUUUUGAAAACAUAAAGCACACACACAAAAAAUGUUUCCUAGCAAGGAAGGAAGGAAUAUUCAGAGGCCAAAACCUAGAGAAACUGGUUAAAUGCCACCCUUCCCUUUGAGGGCGUUUGACAAACCCUGUAGAUUGCAGCCGCUCACAAGGGCUCAGGGGACAAAAGACAAAGCUUAGGGCUCACACAAGGUGGGGUCUAAAAGAGACCUCCCCAUAAAUCUGAAAUCCCAAAAAGCCAUCCUCUGUGUGUAAGGAUGAACCAGGAAGAAAUUAAUCCCACCCCUAUAUUAGUUUCUUGUAGCUGCCAUAACAACGUGCCACGAACUGGGUGACAUAAAACAACAGAAAUUUAUUCUCUCAUGGUUCUAGAGACUAGAAGUCCAAAAUCAGUAUCCAUAGGUUGAAGUCAAGGUAUCAAAGAAGUCUUCAGAAGUUCUAGGAGACGAUCCUUUCCUUGUCUCUUCCAAAUGCCUCAUUCCCUGGCUUGUAGCAUCAGUCCAGUCUCUGCCUCUGUAGUCACAUCACCCUCUCCUCUUCCAUAUGUGUGUCUCCCUUUGCCUCUGUCUUAUAAGGACACUUGUGGUGCAUUUAAUGGCUGCCCAGAUAAUCCAGGAUAAUUUCCCCAUCUCAAGAUCCUUAAUUUAAACUGCAAAUACCCUUUUUUCAAAUAAGGGCAUAUUCACAGGUGCCAGGGAGCAGGGUUUGGUGUCUUUAGGGUAGUUAUUCAGCCUAUUACAACACCCCCACCAAGGACUACAAAUAAACCUUAAACCUUUUUGGUUUUGAUUUUGUUUUCUGAGUGAAGGGGCAAAAUAUAUCUUUUCUGAGAAGUAAUAAUAUAAUCGCAAACAGUAGGUUUGCAGCCCCAAAUCACACUAUCUGGGUGGUCAAGUAAAACUUCAGGGUUAGCUGUUAGAAAUCACAAAACCCAAAAGGAAAACAUCAGAGCAAGAGCUAGCUAGCAACCUGAUCACUGCACUGUACACCUGAAGCUGAACAAUAAUGAAUGCCAACU